GCCAGUCACAGUCAUCGUUGUUGAGUUUGAACAGCCAAUCAGAAUGUUUCUUGUACACACUCCUCUGUCAGAGGUCGAACAUGGCGGCGUGCACAAGGAGGACGAGAGAAAUUAUGGGCUUGCUACGAAUUUUAAGACAUUUCCCUCAGAACGAACGACUUCUGUCGACGUCUGUACUGAGGCACACUGCAGCGUCAGAUGGACCUCCACAAUUCUCUCCUCCAACCAAACCAGUUAUCAUAGACAAAACACAGAAAGAAGCAUCUCUGCGAUGGUUUUUGAGUCCAGAGUUCAUCCCUCCUCGUCAGCGCACAAACCCUGUGAAAUUUUCAAUGGAACGGAAAGACAUGAUACAGAGACGGAAGGUUCUCAACAUUCCAGAGUUUUACGUUGGCAGUAUUUUAGCAGUGACCGUGACUGAUCCUCAUGUGAACGGGAACUUGAAUCGCUUUGUUGGAAUCUGCAUUCAGCGCUCUGGAAAAGGAUUGGGUGCUACUUGUAUACUUCGGAAUAUUGUUGAUGGCCAAGGAGUGGAGAUAUGCUAUGAAUUGUACAAUCCACGUAUGCGUAAGAUUGAAGUGUUGAAGCUGGAGAAGAGACUGGACGACAAUCUCAUGUACUUGAGAGAUGCUCUUCCUGAGUACAGCUCUUUCGACCUUGACAUGCAACCUGUCCAUUAUGAGAUAACAGGAGACAUUCCAGUCAAUCCGUUAAAAGUAAAAAUGAUGCCAAAGCCGUGGUCUAAACGUUGGGAGCGCCCCAAGUUUAACAUUAAGGGUAUCCGCUUUGACUUAUGUUUGACCCCGGAGAUGAUGGAGCAUGCUCAGAAGUGGGCAGAACCGUGGAGGCCAUACGAUAUGCUAAAGGAGUAUGACACAUCUAGUCUAGAGGAGCAGAUCCUCAAGGAGGUACAGGAAAACUUCAGAAAGUGAACAGUCCAUAAAAACCACUUCCAGCCUGGACAGAGACGAUCCCUUUGAAGGGACAUGAGGCUGAGGUGACACCUUUAAAGAUGCUGAAAAGAUCUGACUUUGGUGAGACAUGCUGAUGUGGUUCUGGGGUUUGCCUCAAAAUGGAUUCUGGAGAUACAUUCAGAUGAUUACAUAUGAUACAACGGAACAUUUCAUGUGUGUGUACUUUACAUGCUUCUCACCAGCUCAACCGCUGAUGCUUAUCUACAAAUAAUUAAAAUAAUUGCAAUUA